AUGGAAGAAGACACAUCAUGUCCUGCGAAUGCAACAUCUCCGCACUCCCUGCAGAAUGACACAAACCACCCGACAGCAACAUCACCGGCCUCGCCCUUAUCGGAUAUAUCUGGCCCGGGUUUGACGGCUACCGUGCACGCUCUUAUCCGCCUCAUCCAAUGCUCUUGUUGCUCGCGGCCUCUACGCGCGCCACUGCGACUUCCGUGUGGGAACACGUUAUGUCGGUCUUGUCUGCCGCCAAUUCAUGAGCGGACAGGGAUUACAUAUCCGGCGAGCGACGAACGGAAAAAGGGAUUCACAUGCCGUUGGGGUACGGGUGAUGGUUGUGCUGGGCAACACUGCUUAGGUGACUGUGGGGCCGACGUGCUGUUGGGUAGGCUGGUGGAUGUUUUUGAUGCGGUACUUUGCGAUUCCAGUGCUAGCCCGGAAACGUUUUCGGGGAAUGAAUGUGGCUUCAAAAUGACAUGGACAGGACUGAAGGAUGAUCAGCCCGGAACGGUUGUGAAAAGUGCAGAUGCUGCGGGAGGAUUACUAGAGGGUAUGUACGGCCUAGUCAAGUGCGGUCGUUUCGAUUAUGAUGCGUCGGAUCUCAAGUUUGAGAUACACCAGCCUAUGACCCAGGAUAAUCAACGUUUCGAAAGACUUAAGGACGCUGUUCGGAAUGAGCUGGACUGCCAGGUCUGCUAUUCGCUUAUAUUGGAUCCAUUGACAACAUCCUGUGGCCAUACCUUCUGUCGCGGAUGUGUUGUAAUGGCACUGGACCAUUCCGAUCUAUGCCCUGCCUGUCGCCGUAAACUGAAUAUGGCGUCGACGGUGAAGUCUGAACCUACUAACAAAAGAAUCUCCGACAUCAUGGAGACCUUGUUCCCUGAAGAGGUCGCUUUACGAAGAGACACAAGUGCUCAGGAAGCGACUGCGCCCGAUGACGAAGCAAUCCUUCCUUUGUUUGUCAGCUCACUUUCCCUCCCGACGAUGCCAACUUUUCUGCAUGUCUUCGAGGCACGUUAUCGGCUCAUGAUCCAAAGAGUCAUGCAAACCAGGGAGCGCAGAUUCGGGAUGGUUAUGUAUAACCGUGCCGGUCGUUUCCAGCAAGGACUUGGAAGGUCGCAAUUCAUGCAGUAUGGUACAGCCUUGGUUGUAGAUCGUUAUGAGCUGCUCCCUGACGGGAGAAGCCUAGUAGUUGCUACCGGGCUGUACCGUUUCAAGGUGCUCAGUUCAUAUGUGCUGGACAUGUACUAUGUCGGCAGGAUACAGCGCCUGGAUGAUAUUUCGGUAAUAGAAGAGGAAAAUCGCGAGGCCCUGGAGACAUCAGUCGCGGAUGCUUCGUCACUUUCGACCGCGGAUGCUUCAGGUGAGCAGCCACUAGAGUCUAUGUCAACACAGCAGCUGUUCCAGUUGGGCUUGGACUUCGUAAGGAAGCAACACAGCCAAGCCGCUCCUUGGCUCCAUCCUCGGGUGCUUUUAGCGUACGGUGAUAUUCCAACGGAACCUUCACAUUUUCCCUGGUGGUUUGCCAGCGUAUUACCUGUCUGGGAAGAAGAAAAGUAUAAGCUUUUAUCGACGACCAGUGUCAGGGAAAGACUGAAGAUUACUGCACGUUGGGUAAGAAAGCUGGAUUCUCGUGAAUGGGUUUUGACAUAUUUCACACCGUUCUCCAUGUCAUUCUCUGUUACCUUUGGCUCUGCCGGCUUGUCAAUUGAUAAUUCGCGACAGCUGGCAGAGAAUCAGGAUUCCGAAACGUAUAUUCCGCAGACCCUUGUAAUAGGAAUCUUUCUUGCUAUGUUCGUAGCACAGGUGGCUGCCAACGGAGUCCAAGUCCUGCGGUCGAGGCGACAAGGAAUAAUAGAAGACCGACGGGAUUUUCAAGUCGAGCAAGAACCCCCAAGGAUGCCACCAGAGCCACCAGGCGAGGGCGAGGACGAGGACGAGGGACGAACUCCAGAAGCUACCAGAGAUGCUGGGUGA